UUUGUUUUCUCUCCGUGGAGAAGAAUAAAGGAGAGAGAGAGAGAGAGAGAGAGAGAGAGAGAGAGAGAGAGAGAGAGAGAGAGAGAGAGAGAGAGAGAGACCAACGAGUGAAACGAAAGGCCACCACCAUCUUCAAUCCUCUUCUCCACAACAAUGGCGGCUACAAGAGUGAUUACUGCAGCUUCCGCCACCACCUCGUGCUUCCUCGCCAAACGAGCUUUCGUUCUCCCGGCGAAGAGAUCAUGCGGCGGCGGCGCUCUAUGCUUCAGCAGAAGAGCUUUCGUGUUGAAAUCGAAGCGACCCUUCUCUUGCAGUGCCAUAUACAACCCUCAGGUGAAGGUUAAAGAAGAAGGUCAACCCGAAACCCUAGAUUAUCGCGUCUUCUUCCUCGAUGGCUCCGGAAAGAAGGUGUCUCCAUGGCAUGAUAUACCAUUGACCUUGGGAGAUGGAGUUUACAACUUUAUAGUCGAAAUCCCUAAAGAGUCAAAAGCCAAAAUGGAGGUUGCUACUGAUGAAGACUUCACUCCUAUUAAGCAAGACACCAAGAAGGGAAAGCUCAGAUACUAUCCGUACAACAUAAACUGGAACUAUGGGUUGCUUCCACAGACAUGGGAAGAUCCAUCUCAGGCAAACGCUGAAGUUGAAGGAGCUUUUGGUGAUAAUGAUCCAGUUGAUGUUGUUGAGAUUGGUGAAACCCAGAGGAAGAUAGGGGAGGUUCUAAAAAUCAAGCCUUUAGCUGCAUUAGCUAUGAUUGAUGAAGGAGAGCUAGACUGGAAGAUUGUUGCUAUUUCAUUGGAUGAUCCAAAAGCUCAUCUUGUGAAUGAUGUUGAUGAUGUUGAGAAGCAUUUUCCUGGGACGUUAACAGCUAUUAGAGACUGGUUUAGAGACUACAAGAUCCCAGAUGGAAAGCCUGCUAAUAGAUUCGGUCUUGGAGACAAACCAGCAAACAAAGAGUAUGCAUUGAAGAUCAUUCAUGAGACAAAUGAAUCAUGGGCUAAACUUGUGAAGAGAUCAGUUGAUGCUGGAGACCUUUCACUUUUCUGAACAGUUAAUUGCAGUGUCCAAAGUCCAAUUCAUUCUUGUUUUUCUUUCCAAGAGAUCUAAACUUUGAGGUUUUGUUUUUCACCAUUGAUGACUGAGAAAUAAUAAAAAUACAUUAUUGUAAAAUUUAUAUUUUGGAAAUAAAUUUAAGUAUGAAAA